CCUCUCUCUCAGGAAGUUACUAUCCCCUGGCAGAGGGAUAGUGAGAUAGGCAGUGACAGUAGGUAGAGUGGGAUAGCGAUAAUCGUGUCAUACACCUGUCUGAUACAUUCACAUACUAACAUGACUGAAAAACUGCUACACCUCUGCCAUUUACCGAAAACGCACGUGUUCACUAGACGUAUACAAAAGCGAAUGUUUUGAAUGUAUCAUUGAAGUGCUUACAUGUGAAUUCAUAAGCUCCUGUUACGGAGAUUCGCCAAAAGAAAGGAAACUCUAUAUUACAUACAGCAGAAUGGAAGUAGAUGAAGAAACUGCCCCGCAGACUCAUUCAAUCCAAGCACGAUUUGUGUCAGAUGUUGGUGAAGAAGCAGGUCCGCCUCUAGAUCUCCCGAUCAAUGUCACCAAGGAACAACUGGAACUCAUUUUGAACGCUCUGCUUAAAAAUGAAGAACAAAAACCUUAUUUAUUCUUCAUAAGUGACGAAGAAGUUCGUGAUACAGUGCAGCAAUCGAUCGGCGCUAAACAGUUGGAUAUCGAGAAUGUGCUGGAUAUUUUAUAUCAACCGCAGGCGGUCUUCCGAGUUCGGCCGGUCACUCGAUGUACAAGCUCUAUGCCAGGUCAUGCUGAAGCUGUUGUUUCUCUAGCAUUUAGCCCAAACAGUUUGCAUUUGGCCAGUGGUUCCGGCGAUACAACUCUCCGCUUGUGGGAUUUAACAACGGAAACUCCUCAGUUUACCUGCACUGGUCAUAAAAACUGGGUAUUGUGUGUAGCAUGGUCACCGGAUUCAUUGAAAGUAGCAUCGGCGGAUAAAACAGGUGAAAUUCGGGUUUGGUGUCCCAACAGUGGAAAGUUACUAGGACGACCGCUGGUUGGCCAUAAAAAAUGGAUAAGCUGUCUUAGUUGGGAGCCGUAUCACAAAAAUCCAGAAUGUCGAUUUUUAGCUAGCGCGGGAAAUGAUCAUGAUGUUAGAAUCUGGGAUGUGGUUUUGGGCACGUGCAUAAAGGUUAUUGCCGGACAUACCGCUCCAGUAACUGCGGUUCGUUGGGGUGGCGCAGGUUUGUUGUACACUUCAUCCAGAGAUCGAACCAUAAAAAUGUGGCGAGCUGAAGACGGUGUUUUAUGUAAAACAUUCACCGGACAUGCUCAUUGGGUGAAUAAUUUGGCCCUCAACACCGACUACGUGUUGCGUACUGGACCUUUCCAUCCUGUUAUGGAAAAAUCUAAAAUUUACUCCGUUUCAGAUAUGAACGAGCUUCAGCACUCGGCACUCGAGCGCUAUGAAAAAGUUUGCCCUGAUGCCAUUGAAUCAUUUGUAUCCUGUUCGGACGAUUUUACGCUCUAUCUGUGGAAAUCAAAUCAAAAACAAUUCAUCACCCGAAUGACGGGUCAUCAGAAUGUUGUAAACGACGUUAAAUAUUCUCCUGAUGUAAAAUAUGUGGCCUCAGCUUCAUUUGACAAAUCCGUACGAUUAUGGCGUGCUAGCGAUGGAGCAUUUAUUUGUGCAUUCCGUGGACACGUCCAAGCUGUUUAUACAGUCGCAUGGUCAGCAGAUUCACGACUAAUAGUCAGUGGUAGCAAGGAUUCUACGCUGAAAGUGUGGAGUGUUAAGGAGAAAAAACUAGCACAAGAGCUGCCGGGACAUGCGGAUGAAGUUUUCGGAGUCGAUUGGGCUCCAGAUGGUUCAAGAGUUGGUUCCGGUGGAAAGGAUAAAGUGCUAAAACUAUGGUCGUACUAAAUGUAUCCAAAUCAAUUUAAGUGAACAAUCAAUUCAGUUGUAUUUUAGAAUAAAAACAUACUAUCAAACAUAUUGAGUUAUAUAUUUUUUCAAAUAUUUUAAUCAAUUUCCUUAUAUUACAAAAUGACGCUUGCUAGACUUACUUUAUUCUCGACCAAUGUCUGACCAUAACUCAUAAUGUUCGAUUGAUAUACUUUCAUGUAUUAGAAAAUCGUUCAAGAAAGUAAUCAUUCGAUGGCUCGAUCGACGGAUCGAAUCUGGAGGCAAUCUGGCGUAGUAAUUAACAUCAUUAACUCACGUUAAAGAUCACGAGUUCAACUCUCACUCCUACUCCAUCCUUCCUUCAGAAUGGAAGUAGAGCCGUAGUCCGAGUGACGAACCAACCAAAAGUGUUGAAAGUCACUAUAAUACAGAAAAGAAAACUAGACGCGGACGUAGAGCUACCGUUGGCUUAGCAAUCAAUAAGUAACAAUCAUGUAAAUAUUGGCCGGAUACCGGAUAUUAGGAAAAAAUCAAUAAUUUCUUAUUAACAUAAGAUAAAUAUUUUUUUUUUUUAUAUAUAAGUUAAUAUUAACUCAUAACAUUAAUUCAUUGACACGUUUAUUAUAAAUUUUUUAACCGGCCAGUUUCAGAGGACAGUCUUUCUUUGUAAACAUUACUGCAAAGAGCUGAAAGAUUAACUCUAGCAAACCUUGCCAAUUGGGAAGGCAAUUGUUUAGAGGUUACGACAUCCGCGCGACGACCUGUGUGUACGAGCGACAUGAAAGUCAUACUGCACAUCGAUCAUACCAGCGCGAUGUGCAUACUUUUCGGCAAAGUGCUCCGUACAGCGGUAACACUUUGACGGAGCACACUUCCGUAUUGAAAGGUUUAAUGCCUACCAAAUGAAGAAACGUGAUUGCGAUCCAUUCGAAAGGUAUUCGCAUAACAGUCAAUUUCGUUUUAACACGCAUGUUUCAUUUCAUUCCACACUUAGUGAAAUUCAAUUAUCCAAUUUCCCAAACCCUUGUUAAACCACAAGUCAUAAAAUAUUAGUCACCCGCUAUACGCUUUACGACCGACGGAAUAACAUUCAAGUACCAUAAAUAAACACGACACUUGUAGCAACAUGUGUACGCUUAGCCAAACAGCGCAAGUGUCCGAUGUUAUGUUUGCGACCCACUUAAGACACGCUUGCUCAAGCAAAACAGAAGGCUAAAACCCACAACAUCUUUUACCAUUUUGUCCGUCCUCAGUCUAUCUCUUUCCAUUUUUCUCUUCUGGCGAGAUGCUCCGCCCAGUAAUAGCAAUAAGAAAUAUUUGUGUAGAGUUUAAGUGAAUGAAUGUAAACUAGUAUUUAAAAGACAUGUUUGUGCGUGAUGCGUGCUAGGU